AUGGGGACGGGAAACACAAUACAGAUACCACCAAAAUCACACAAAAAAGAUGAUGUUUUCGAUGUAGAGAAUGUCAUAAAGAAUGCGUCAUUGUCGGAGAAAGUGUCCCUACUGGCUGGCUCGGACUUCUGGCACACGACCCCAAUCCCAAGAUUCAACGUGCCUUCUAUCCGGCUAAGUGACGGACCCAACGGCGUUCGAGGAACGAAGUUCUUCGAUGGCGUGCGUGCUGCCUGCCUUCCAUGUGGCACAGGUCUAGCUGCAACUUGGGACGAGUCUCUUUUGUAUAAAGCUGGUAAUCUCAUUGGCGAAGAAUGCAAAGCCAAGGGUGCACACUGUUGGCUAGGUCCUACUGUCUGUAUCCAGCGGUCACCACUUGGAGGAAGAGGUUUUGAAUCCAUGUCUGAAGAUCCAUACGCAACGGGAAAAUUAGCCGCCGCUUAUACAAAAGGUGUCCAGGCAACAGGAGUAGUAUCUACCCUAAAACACUGGCUAGCAAAUGACCAGGAACAUGAAAGGGUCGGAGUGGAUGCUGUUGUGAGCAACCGGGCACUAAGAGAGAUACACAUGUUACCAUUUCACAUUGUGAUGGCUGACGCUAAGCCCGGUGCAGUCAUGGCUUGUUACAACAAGGUGAAUGGAGAGCACGUUUCAGAGAGCAAGAAGAUGUUAGACGGCAUACUACGCGAUGACUGGGGCUUCGAAGGCUUAAUCAUGAGUGACUGGUUUGGAACCUAUUCUACUGCUGAGGCGCUGAAUGCCGGCUUGGAUCUUGAAAUGCCAGGACCUGCAAGAUUACGAGGUCCUAUCGCAGAGCUUGCAGUCUCAACUCGUAAAGUCAGCCGUUCGACUAUCGACCAGCGUGCACGAAACGUUCUAAACUUUGUUCAACGAGCGAGCAAGGUAGAAGUCUCUGCAGAAGAGAGCACGCGAGACUUUCCCGAGGACCGCGAAUUGAAUCGCAAGCUUGCCGCAGACAGUGUGGUGCUGUUGAAGAAUGACGCAAAGCUUCUUCCCUUGGACGGGAAAUCCAUACGCAAGGUCGCCUUGAUUGGACCCAACAUGAAAAACGUUGCGUUCUGUGGCGGCGGAUCCGCUGCCCUCAGCCCAUAUUACACGGUUUCGGCCUAUCAAGGAAUCGUCGACCAACUGUCACCCGAAACUGAGAUCUCAUACGAAAUCGGAGCUCAUGCGCAUGCUUUCAUUCCCGAACUUCAUGCUUCGGAUGUUUGUACACCAGAAGGAUUGCCUGGACUGCGAAUGCGGUUUUAUCGGGACCCGCCUCACGUGCGUGAUCGGACCGUGAUUGACGAGAUCAUCAUACAGGAUUCCACGUGGCAGCUCCUGGGUUUCUCACAUCCGCAAUUGGACAAACUAUUCUACGCGGACAUUGAGGCAGUUCUGACUGCGCAUGCCACAGAUGCUUUCGAAUUUGGUCUUGCAGUCUACGGCUCAGCAAGUCUGUACAUCGAUGAAAAGCUUGUCAUCGAUAACACCACCGUGCAACAGGGAGGUACAUUCUAUUUCGGGAAAGGCACUUGUGAAGAGAGAAGCCUUGUUGAUCUCGUCAAAGGCCAAUCAUACAAGAUCAAAGUGGAAUUUGCCAGUGGUGCCUCUAGUAAGCUUGUCAAACCUGGUGUCGUAAAUUUCGGAGGCGGUGCUGGUCGACUUGGAAUGAUCCAAGCUAUCGACCCAGAUCUGGCCAUUUCUCGAGCCGUUGAAGCUGCGUCGCGAGCAGACAUCACAAUCCUAUGCGGUGGUCUAUCUCGAGAUCAGGAGUCCGAAGGUUUCGAUCGGCCUCAUAUGGAUUUACCCGGCGCCGUCUUCCGUUUGUUCUCUGCUGUGAUAGCUGCCGUGCCAGACACCGUUGUGGUUACUCAAAGUGGCACCCCUUUCAACAUGACUCCCUGGGCAGACUCGGUCAAGACGCACCUGCAUGCUUGGUUCGGCGGAAACGAGACGGGUAAUGGCAUCGCAGACAUCCUCUUUGGUCGUGUUAAUCCCAGCGCAAAGCUACCCCUUUCAUUUCCACGACGCAUUGAAGAUACGCCAACAUACCUCAACUUUGGCAGCGAAAGGGGGCGAGUCGUGUAUGGCGAGGGCAUCUACGUGGGCUACCGAUACUAUGAAAAGGUUUUGAGGGAUGUACUCUAUCCGUUUGGCCACGGCUUGUCCUACACAGAUUUUUCAGUCUCCCACCUUAUCGUCAGUCCCCACUCAGCGCGUUUCAAAGUACUGAAUUCUGGAGCCGUAGCAGGCGCGUCGGUAGUGCAACUUUACGUGUCCGCAGACAAGACAACAUCCUCCAUCGCCAGGCCGGAGAAAGAGCUGAAAGGAUUUAGUAAGGUCUACCUACAGCCAGGGGAAUCGUGUCAAGUGGAGAUAAAAUUCGACCGGUUCACAAUAGCAUUUUGGGAUGAGGAAUGUCAGGCAUGGAAGUGCGAGAAAGGAGUCUACAAGAUUUUGAUAGGCUUGAGCAGUCGAGAGAUCGUUUUGGGAGGCAAAAUCAACAUCGAGAAUACGACAACCUGGACUGGAUUAUAAAGAAAAAGCCCCGUACGCAAGAUAUACAAGAUGAGUCUCUUGUGCUCGGGAUCUGUUUUAGAUUUGAUGCGAACCUCUACCUGUCGUUUUGUAGCAUCUCCUGCCGGUUUGUUGCGUUUACAACAAGUCUUUCAAUUCCGGCACAGGCUUGGUUAAAUGGGUCACUCGCUAUUCAAGAAUACUGUAAGCCUUUCUUUUGGUUAAUUCGCGCGUCAGGUCUAUCGGUUACCGCGUCCCUCCAAGUUUACGAUAGGUUUCAUCGGUAAUUGGUUUGGGUGACCAUGUGAUCCUAUCUUCUCGAACACAUGAGGGAAUCAAUAAAGUCUGGGCAGCUCAUCGCAAUACAAUGAUGUAGUUGCUUAUGAAUUUAGAUUGGGAAGUAUGGCAAUUCUUUUUUGGUAAAGGGUUUGGAUGUCUCAUAGAAAUGUUGGGUGUACGGUGGAAUUUGUGAAUGGC